UAUCUGCUGGCCACUGUCGUCGAACGGGUCAUAGUUUGAAACGCUGCGUUUUAUCUGUGACUUUUGUGUCUCGUGUUCUGUACUUAUCCGAUCUAUAACUUGUCCCAGUACAUACCGCCCAAAAAGCUUUUCUCUGUUCUGCCAUGGCUUCCUUUCUUCCUCCUCUACUUUGAUCUACACUCUGAAUUCCAAAAGGACCUCCAAAACUUAACAAUGGAAGGUCAAUAUCCACAGCAGCCUCGAACUUAUGGGCCGCACCAGAUGAAAAUGACGAUUCAGCCCUCACAUCACUCCGACAAUGACCGGAGUAGAAGCGAGCUCCGGGCUCUGGAUUGUAAUCUCACUUCCCUCUGCGACCACAUCCAGAUGGAGGGCUUCAAUUCCGGCUCCUUCUCCGAUAUUGUAGUCCACGCUAUGGGCUCCACCUACCAUCUCCAUCGCCUCAUCCUCUCUCGCAGUUCCUACUUCAGGAACAUGCUACAUGGUCCUUGGAAAGAAGCCAGUUCUCCUAUCGUGAAUCUACAUGUGGAUGAUAAGAAUGUUAGUGCGGAGGCAAUUGCAAUGGCUUUGGCUUAUCUUUACGGGCAUCACCCUAAGCUUAAUGAUAACAACGCAUUUCGUGUGUUGGCUGCUGCUUCCUUUCUUGACCUUCAGGAUUUAUGUGCUAUAUGCACGGACUUCAUUAUAUCUGAACUGUGGACUUCUAACUUCUUGGCAUAUCAGGUAUUUGCGGAGAGCCAAGAUUACGGCAUACACGGAGAGCGUGUGAGAAAUGCUUGCUGGGGCUACCUUUGUCAAAGUGGUGCCAUGGAAUUGAAAGAGGUGCUUCCAAAACUUUCUUCCCAAACUCUGCAUGCAUUACUGACCUCAGAUGAAUUAUGGGUACCUAGUGAAGAGAAACGGUUUGAGUUGGCAUUAUACACACUUCUUGCAAAAGGUGCUUUUUGCAAGACAGAACAUUCUGAGCAAGGCAAUUCUAGUUCUGAGAUUGGCGUGGGUAUUCAUUCUGACUCUUCCAAAGCAAAGGGGAAAAAUUUGGUUGAUAGUUGCUCUAGAAAGAGGUUGGAAUCAGAACUAGGACGCUGUUUACAAGAUGAACUGAAAAGCCAAAGUGCAGCUCAUGGUCUUCUGGUUGAACUUAUUGAUUCUGUGGAUGACUUUCAAGUGGUAGUUUCUGAUUCCAAACAGUCAAAUUUGGACACUGUGCAGCCAUGUGAUGCAAAACAAUCUUCAUUGAGUAACCCAUUUUCAGAAAUGAAUGAAAAUAGAACCUCAUGUUCUUACGUUGAAAUGCCAAUCCAUGUUGGAACGAGUGGAUUAGGGACCAGUGGAGUGGCUAUGGAGGGGCCAUCUGAAUCAGGUCCUUGCCAUUUGAAUAACAACAAUUGGAUUACAGGUGAUCAAUCUAGGCAUUGCUCAUCAAGGGAACCAUCCUGUAAUGGACUUAUGCUCAAUGAUUGGGGAAGAUGUGGCAUGCCUUCUCUUUCAUGGGGUGGUAGGGUUGUGGGCAGAAGACAGUUAAAAUGUUACGCAAAAGGGAAUUGUGGGGUUCGUGGGGAGGAAUAUGAUACGUUUGUCAAUAUAUUUGAAGGGGGUUCACUUUUAUAUUCUAACAUGUCUUUUGAGGCACUUUUAAAUGUGAGAAAGCAGCUUGAAGAAUUGGGUUUUCCUUGCAAAGCUGUGAACGAUGGUCUUUGGCUGCAGAUGCUUUUAAGCCAAAGGGUGCAAGAAAUUGGUGCUGACACAUGUAAAGUUUGCUGCUUCACAAGUAUGGCAUGCACUUGCAGGCAACCAUUUGGGUUUUCUCAAGGGGUUAAUACAACAGGUUACUACAUGCAAGACCAUGAUCAUAAUAAUUCUCCUGGUAGCAUGGGGAAUAUAUACGUUGCUGAUUCUGCUCAAGGUGAAGGUAAUGGCCAUUUUAGGCCAGUGCGAGUGCAUGUUAGGGGACCUAUUGAUGGGCUUGCAGGUAUUGGGCGUGGAACUACAUUUGUGCCAACAGCAGCAUGGCCCCCAACACGUUUUGUCUUCUCCCGUGUGCCAUUUGGCAUGGGCAAUAGAAAUUGCCAGCAAUCUAUUGCUAAUGAAGAUUCAGAGAGUAGAACUGAUCACAAUGGAGACCUAUCAGGAGAUGGGUUGACGGCUCUUGUUGGGUUAAGUCAAGGAGGGAGCAACACCACUAAUGGUCAUGGGGAGCAUAUGGAGAGAGGGUAUGAGACAGAACUGCAAGGUAGGUUGUCAGGAACAUCUAUUUCAGCAAGUACCAGUGGUGUUGCUGUCCAGAUGCUUGACUCACCAGAACAUGCUAUUGGAAUUGAUUGGGAGAAUGCAAACAGUUCCUCUAUAUCUUUAGAUAUGAAAACGCCUUUAAGCCAUUUCCCUCCAUUUCGUUUUGGGGUUGAAUUCGAGGAUGUGCAUAGGCUCAGUGAUGGCCAAGUCAAGCAUUCCCCAGAAUAUUUUUAUGCUGGUUCUUUGUGGAAGGUUAGCGUUCAGGCCUUUAAUGAUGAAGAUCCUCAAGGACGCCGAACUCUUGGAUUAUUUCUUCACCGACGCAAGGCAGAGAUUACCGACUCCCUUAGAAAGGUUCAUAUCUAUGUGGACUCUCGUGAGAAGGUUACUGCCCGCUAUCAGCUGAUUUGUCCUUCAAAGAGAGAAGUUAUGGUAUUCGGAAGCUUUAAACAACGUGGUACUCUUUUACCAAAAGCUCCCAAGGGAUGGGGCUGGCGUACUGCUUUACUUUUUGAUGAACUUGCAGAACUACUCCAAAAUGGGACCUUGCGAGUGGCUGCUGUCGUGCAGCUUGUGUAAUUCAAAAGAUUGUCUAAGCAAAGAUCAAAUUGUUGACCUGGCAUUCUACUGUUUCAAGUGUAAAGCAGAGUACUCUACCUUUGCCCCAUUCUGGUUGCUUUGUCGUGCAGGCAUGAUAUCUGGAGGCCAUAGAAGCUGCUAUGCUGAAGCUGAUCUGAGCCAAUGCUUAUUGAGAAACUUGCCUGUUAAAUUUCUUGAAGAAUCUCUUUUUUUAUAAAAAAAAAAAAAAACUUAUUCACAUUUUUAGUUUCUGUUUAUGUAUAUUAAAACAAUAGUAAAGUAGAUGUGAAUAAUCGAGUGGAGUGCAAUAGAUGCUUACUUGGAUCUUAUAUUACUUUAAUUCCUUCAAAACAAGAAGUAUAUUGUUGGGCGCAGCCCACUCUCUUCUUAAAAUA